GAUUCCGCCACUGGCUUCCACAGCCAUGUGGAGAAUUUUCACGUUGUAUCGCGUGCCACUGUCACUGUAUCGGUGCAGUCAGUGCGCCGCCUUUUUUCGGACACCGUCGGGCUUCUUGUUGAAAAGAUAUUACUAUUUAUCUAUUCCUGCUGAUCCCUCCAAGCGUCCACCACCUUGUGUCUCCCUCCCAUUGUCAAGUUGACCCGUUGGUGUCAACCCCUUUUCAAUUCCUUAUCUUCAGUCACAAUGGCCCAACCCGCCAGCUUGAUACUGGACGGAGGUGAUCCGCGACUCCAUGAAAAAGAGCGUGAGGUUUUGGAUGCCGUAGACUAUGGUGUCUCGACUAGCCAGGGCAUCGCCAUCAGCCCGCAGCAUCGAAAACUGCAUGACCCCGAUGUAACAUUCGAGGAAUAUUACUACUAUGCGCAACUUACUCGAGCCGAAGAAGAGCAGCACGCUGCUUCUGAGGAGACUGUGAAAGACAAAGGGAUUUUGGCCUUUUUCUUUCCCACAAAAAAUGAUAGUGGUAUUCAGAAGGUCUCCGACAAUGCCGCGAGAGAUGCCACGAAGAUGAACACCAAUAAUGUGGCCACUCGCAUGACCAUCACUGAUGAGGAGUGGACCAAUGCAUCGCGUGCGCUCCGGACAGCCUCUCGUGGCGCUGUUUUCUAUCUCAUCACUACUGAUAUUCUCGGCCCUUUUGGUCUUCCCUAUGCGUUUGCAAGCAUGGGAUGGGGUCCAGGUGUUGCCCUAUUUACCGUCUUCGCCGGUCUCGCUGGUUACUCUGGUUAUCUUCUCUGGGAAUCUUUCCUCGGUCUGGACUCGUACCAGUUCCCCGUGCGCAGCUUCGGUGACAUCGGUUUCCGCCUCUACGGGCCAUGGAUCCGAUAUCUCUUCAACGUCCUGCAGAGCAUCCAGCUAUUGCUAAACGUGGGUCUAAUCGUCAUCUCCAAUGGUGAAGCGUUGUCCCAGGCUACGAAGUUCAGGUUGUGCUUUAUCAUCUGCUGUCUGAUCUGGGCAUUGAUUGGCUUUGUACUGGGCCAGGUCCGUACCUUGCAGAAGUUUGGAUGGCUUGCCAAUGCCGCUGUGUGGAUCAAUAUCAUCUGCAUGAUCAUUAGUAUGGGUGGUGCUGCUCACUCCCCUCCCAACUACACUGCUGCUUCACAGUCCGCUGGUGCCAGUAUUGACGGCGGCAGCUUGAUCACCCCUCAUAAUGGUGUUUACCCUCCAGUCACCACUAGCGGAGGCCUACCGAACGCCGGUGGCUUCACAGGGGCCGUUAGCGGCGCUAUGCAGGCCGUGUUCUCCUAUGGUGGUGCUAUGGUGUUCCCUGAGUUUAUGGCCGAGAUGAAGCGACCCAAGGACUUCCUGACUGCCAUGUGGGGAGCCCAGGCUUUCAUCUAUUUCGUCUACAUGUUCUACGGUCUCUUCAUGUACGGCUACCAGGGACAGUAUGUCGUGAACCCAAGCUACCUUGGAGUCAGCAAGUACAGCAUCCAGACGGCCGGCAAUGUUUUUGCCAUGGUCAGUGCUGCUAUCGCCGCUGCCCUAUACGGCAACAUUGGUAUCAAAGUCAUCUACAACAAUAUCUUUGUUGAACUUCUCAAAGCGCCACCCCUGACUACCACAGUCGGCAAACUGCUGUGGGCUGGUCUGAUCCCAGUUUACUGGGGAAUUGCCUUUGUCGUGGGAGCUGGUAUCCCCAACUUCUCCGGCCUGACUUCCGUUGUCGCGGCAUUUUGCAUCCUCCAAUUCACCUAUACCUUCCCACCUGCGCUUGCCACCGCCUACUGGAUCAAACGCGCCGCCCUCCGCGACGGCGAAGGCUUCAACCCCAGCACUGGGGAGACAAUCCGUCAAGACUCCGGCAUCAAGCGCAUUUUCCGAGGUUUUGCGAACAUGGAAACCAAGCAGUUGCUUAUGAGCAUCUUCAAUAUUCUCUACUUCCUUGGUGCAUUGGCGCUAGCGGCUUUGGGAGCGUACUCUGCCAUUGAGGUAUUGAUUGCGGCAUUCGCGGAUAGCAGUGCGACGUCAUUUACCUGCAAGAGUCCUUUGAACGGAUAGGCUUCUUUUCUGUUCCUAGGCUCAACGGCAAUCUCCCUUUCACAUUUACAAUGACAUUAUGUACAGUAAAAAUCUCAUAGUAAUGAGGCCUGUUUUGUAUUACCAAAUAUUCAUGCAUGCUUUUCAUCGAAUUUAUGAACUGAACCGACCCGAUCUCACAAGAAUAAUCGAAUCCGAUCAUUCGGUUAAGAUAAUGAGUAUAUACGCUCGACAUGAUUC